AGGUCACGUAGUCUGGUAUAGUAUGACGUCAUGUACCGAUUGAAAUCAACAUGUUAUGAGAACCUAAGCUGACCAGACAAGUUAGAAACGAUCGAGGUUUACUUGAAGUUUAAAAUGAAGGUCUUAAUUUCUGUGGACGCCAGUGAAAACGCAAGCAGGGCAUUUGAAUGGUACUUUAAGCACAUCCACAAGCCGGAAAAUGAGAUUUUGCUUUGCCAUGUAGCUGAACAACCUCUUAUUCCAACCUAUAUAUUUCUUGAAGAUGAAGUAUUGGUGAGUUACACUGAGGAUAUUGAGAAACUGCGGCAAGAAACAACCAAGAAACUGAAUGAAUUAAAAAAGAAAUACGAGACAAAACUGGAGGGACAUAAUGCCAAAGCGCAAAUGUUGUUCAAGUAUUGCGAAUGUCCUGUGGGUGAGGCUAUUGUACAAAUAUCAACCAAAGAGAAUUGUGAUGCGAUAGUCACAGGUUCACGUGGUAUGGGGGCUUUCAGACGUACGAUCCUGGGCUCCGUGAGCGAUUAUGUGAUGCAUCAUUCCAAAGCAACUGUCAUGGUUUGCCAUCAGUGAACAUGUGUAUAAUAUAUAGUACGGUGGGGGAAGAUGGGACACCUUUUCAUUCCAUUUUCUCAUCUUAUUUACUAGUAAACAAAGAACAUUAAAAGAAUUAUAAAACCGAAUCCUCACAACUCCUAUAGACCAUCGUUAAUUGUUUAAAUCACGAUUUAAGAUGCUUUGAUAUUAUGUGCUAGAGGUGUUCCAUCUUUCCCCACCCUGCUAUAUACACUGUUGCUUGGUUGGCAUAUUAAGCUUGUUUUCAAAACAGGUCUUAAACCAAUUAUAGCAUGUAUAUUGUAUAUAUUAGUAUUGUGCUACUGAUGUUGCCAGACAUUGUAACUUUACUUUAAUUGUAAUGUCAGAAAAUCGGUUGUUAAAAUAAUAUUAUGUUUUAAAUAGAUGUUUUAGUUCAGGCCUAUUAAUCUGUGACAAAUUAAUCAAUAAAGUUUCCUAUGUUUCUUGCUUUAAUGUCAUCUCAGAUUUUGUGCAAAAUUAAAAAGUGACGCCUGUAAUUAAGUGUAUGAUGUAUAUAUUGUUGCCACCAGGCAUGAUUAUAAGAGCCCACCUUCUGGCUGACUCUAUAUUUGCAAAAAUAAUAAAACAUUGACUUCGGUAAAUUUGUUGUCAAUAUUAUGCCAGGAUGUCCGUUGUUAAAACAAUGUUGUAAGUAGCCAUGUUGUAAUUAUUAGGUUCAUGGGGUGCCGGUUCAAAUCUCACUGCAGUAGUAAUGAAGCUUUGUAUAUAUUUAUAGUGCAAUGUUAUUCUGUCGCAUGGAAUAAAAGUUCACAUAUGA